AUGGCCUCUUCAUCCACCAUCGAACUCUCGGAGCGAGACGAAAUGAAAUUUGUCAUGCUCGGCACAGGAGCUGUCGGAAAAUCAUCCAUUACCAUCCAAUUCAUCAAAGGUGAAUAUCGCGACUCGUACAAUCCAACCAUCGAAGAUGCCUACACCAAACAAUGUUCCGUCGAUUCUCGACCUGUUAAAAUUAAUUUACUUGAUACAGCAGGACAAGAAGAAUUUACUGCCAUGAGAGAUCAAUACAUGAGAGAAGGUGAUGGAUUUGUUCUUGUCUAUUCUGUGACCGAUGCUUCCUCUUUCCAAGAAGUUCAAGAUAUUUACAGUCAAUUGUUACGAUCACGUGAUGUCGGAGAAGAAGGAAUUCCAGUCGUCUUUCUUGGAAAUAAAUGUGAUCUCUCGAAUGAACGAGCUGUCACUUAUAAGGAAGGAGAAGAAUUCGCUAAACAAUUUGCCAAAACUAAAUUCUUUGAAACCUCUGCCAAAGCCAAUAUUAAUAUUGAAAAUGCAUUCCAUGCACUUGUGAGAACAGUGAGAAAGGAUCGAAAUGGAGAAUUUGAUCACGAAGAAAUGAUUGAAGAAGAACCUGUGAAAAAUUCCAAGAAUGAAAGUUCACAAAAAUCAAAGAGAGGUUUUGGAGGAUUAUUUAAUUCAUGUGGAAAACAAAAUGCAGAGAGUGAUUUGGCUGCAUUUCAAGACACGAACAAGUAA